AGGGAGUAAAAUAGGAGUGACAAUAACACAAAGCCAUCAAAAAAGUAGGCUACAGUACCAAAUGUGUUUGUGGAGUUUCUGAAUCUCUAGGAUGCUGUUCCUGGGCUAUACAGCUCUGAUUUUAUGUUGGAUGUAUUGUACUGCAGAAAAAGCUUGUAAAGAACCUCCUCCAAGGAGGACUAGAGAAUUGCCUACUGAAAGAUGGGACCAACCUCCCUAUCCACAUGGUACUCAAGUGACAUACAAAUGUCGGCCUGGAUAUAUGAAACUUGGACGAAUUGUGUUUGAGUGUGCUGAUGGAGCAUGGAAGCAAAAGCUCCCAGAAGUUGAAUGCAGAAAUAAGCCCUGUGGACAUCCUGGAGACAUUGAGUUUGGUGUCUUUGAGCUUACCAGGGGAAGUCAAUUUGUAUUCGGUGCCAGAGUUGAGUACAGAUGUAAUGAUGGAUACCAGAUGCUCAGCCAAAGAAAUUACCGUGAGUGUCAGGCAAAUGGAUGGAGCAAUGACAUCCCUCACUGUGAAGUGACAAAGUGCUUACCUGUACAAGCACCAGAAAAUGGAAGAAUAAUUACGACUGGUGCAUUUGAGCUAGGCCGGGAAUAUUCCUUUGGCCAGGUUGUAAAGUUUGAGUGUAAUGCAAAAUACAGACUGGUUGGAUCUAAAGAAAUAAUUUGCUCUUCAGAGGGACAAUGGAGCCAUGAUGUGCCCCAGUGCAAAGAGAUUACAUGUGAGGUACCAGAAAUUCUGCAUGGAUAUGUACGUUCUCCAAAGAAGUCUUACAAGGAAUCUGAUCAGCUACUGUUUGGCUGUGAUGAAGGAUACAGAUAUGGAGAAAGAGCAGAUGUGCAAUGUACUGAAUUGGGAUGGAGUCCAAUCCCCUACUGCACUGAAAUUGUAUGCUCUCCUCCAAGAAUUCGCAAUGGGGACUUCAGACCUCAAAAUGACAACUACAGAGUAGAUGAUAUAAUCACAGUACAGUGUAGUCCUGGAUACCAUUUUAAAACAUUGACUGGAGAAAACACAGCUAAAUGCACCAAGGCUGGCUGGGUGCCUGAUCCAGACUGUGUUGAGAAACCAUGUGACUACCCAACUAUAGAGAAUGGCAAGUUAACUAGAUCACUGGAGUACUACAGAUACUAUUAUUUCCCAAUGAGGAUUGGGCAGCAUGCUGAUUACUACUGCAAUGAUGGUUAUUCAACCCCUAGUGAAGAUUAUUAUGUUCAAAUAACCUGCUCUGAAAGGGGCUGGUCUCCAGAGCCAAAAUGCCUCAAGAAAUGCGAUGUGAGACCUGUGGAAAAUGGUUAUUUCUCACGUGUCCAGAAGUAUUUUUACAAGGAAGGUGAAAGGGCUAGGUAUGUCUGCAAUAUUGACUAUGAUACUGAACAUGAAGGUGGGGAAGUCACAUGCACAAAGGAUGACUGGUCACCUACUCCAAGAUGUAUCCGUAAAAAAAUGUGCCAGACUAACAAUUUUGACAAUGGUUACUUCAACUCAAGAAGGAAAACGUUUAAUUUACAAGACCAGGUCACCUAUCUGUGUUAUACUGACUUUGUAACUCCAGAAGGCAAAGAAAGAGGAGUGACACACUGUCAAGAGAAUGGCUGGAAUCCACCUCCAAAGUGCAUCAAAUCAUGUAAAACAUCUCAUUUGGACAUUUUGAGUUACCAUACAGAUAAAACUGUGUUCAUGCCUGAAGAUACAAUUGAGUAUGCAUGUUUGGAGGGAUAUCAAACUGCAAAUAAUAUGCCAACUGGUACCACAACGUGUGGCACAAAUGGUGAAUGGAGUCCAGAGCCUCAGUGUCUCGCAAUAGAAUGUGAAAUGCCAACAUUGCCCAAUGGAGAUUUUUCUCCCAGGGAGGGGAAAUAUCACAAUGGAGAUGUUGUGAAAUUUACUUGUGCAAACAAAUACGUAAGAGUGGGACCUGCUUCUAUUCAGUGCUAUUACUUUGGAUGGUUUCCAUCACCACCAGUGUGUAAAGCAAACGCCAGAGCCUGUGGACCUCCACCUGAGAUUAUUGAUGGCAGAAUUGCUGGUGGCUCUGCUGUGGAACAGUAUCAGCACGGGGACAGACAGCAAUAUGAAUGCAACAGCAAAUUUAAAUUGGUUGGAUCAAAGGAAAUAGAAUGUGUUGAUGGACAAUGGUCAUCUCCUCCCUCUUGCAUUGAGGACAAAAUGCCAUGUGGAUCACCUUCCUCUAUUCCAAAUGUUGUCGUUUAUCAGGAAGACCAGGCCCAGUUUUCACAUGGUGAUGAAGUAACAUAUGGAUGUAACCCAGGCUCUGGAAAUUCUAAGCAAAUUAAAACUAGGUGUCUCAAUGGAGAAUGGGAGCCACUACCACUUUGUGCUGAUCCAUCUCCUCAGUGUGAACCUCCAGAGGGUGUGGAGAUUAUGCGCAGGACAAGGAAGGAGGCUGGAGUUAUACAUUACAGAUGUACAGCAGCUGACACAAACAUUAAACUGGCAGCUUGUGUGUCUGGAAAAUGGUCACCAGAGAUUGAAUGUGCAGAUGAGGAGAGAACAUGCCCACCUCCACCUCAGGUGCCUGGUGCAGAGCAGAUCUCAUCUGGAAGAAAUUACAAGAAUGGGAAUAAAAUAGCAAUUUCAUGUCUGAACAAUUUCCAGCUCAUCGGUUUGAAUGAAAUAACGUGUGUAGAUGGGAAAUGGCAAUCACCACCUCACUGUGUGGAAAGACCCUGUUCACCACCACAGCCCAUAGAAUGUGCUGAUGUUCCCAGGCUGGAAAAUCAAAACUUAAAAAUUCAAAAAGAAGGGAAAACAAUUUAUCUGGCAGGUGCUAGAUUGAAGUAUUUUUCUCGUCCUGGAUACACAUUAGAUGGACCAUCAGAGAUAACUUGCUCUGAGGGAAAAUGGACUUCAGCUCCUGUAUGCUUGGAAAUGCCAUGUGGAAGUAUUCCAAAAGUUUCCCAUGCUCAAACUGAAGGCAGGAACAAGAAAAUUUAUGAGCCUGGUGAGACAAUUCGCUACCAGUGUGAUUCAGGGUUCCAGAUUGUUGGUCCCCCUGAAAUUAUUUGCAGGGAAGGAAACUGGACAGCACCACCUUAUUGUGAAGAUGUAAGGUGUGGAGCCGCACCUGAAAUCCCCAAUGCUUAUGUUACAAGCAUUCAAAAGGAGUGGUACCUACCUGGUGACAGAGUGCAGUAUGAAUGUGAAAGCAAUUUUCAAAUGAUGGGUGAACAUUAUGUCACUUGUACAAAUGGAGACUGGUCACAAGCACUAACCUGCAGAGAUGUGACAUGUGAACCUCCUCCAGAAAUUGCUGGUGGUAAAGUUCAAGGUGUUAAAAAGUCAAGGUAUUUGCCUGGGCAGAGUGCUCAGUAUCAGUGCUGGCAAGGUUUUAAGAUGAGUGGAGCUUCCACUGUAACGUGUCAGAAUGGGACCUGGACAGAGCUGCCAAAGUGCAAAGGGAAAGGUGGGAAAUGUGGCCCACCCCCAGUUAUCGAAAAUGGAGACAUUCUUUCCUUCCCCAUUCAAGAAUAUCAACAAGGUGCAACUGUGGAAUACAAAUGCCCAAGUCUCUAUGUCCUGGAAGGAUCUCGGUCUAUUACCUGCACUGAUGGGCAGUGGUCAAGCCCCCCAGUUUGCCUGGUGGCCUGUACAGCAUCUGAAGAAGACAUGGGCAGAAACAAUAUUCAGCUGAAAUGGAUUGCAAGGAAAAAGUUGUACUCCACAUCGGGUGACUUCAUUGAAUUCCGGUGUAAAAGAGGGCAUCUGGAGGACCCAGCCUCUUCUCCCUUCAGAGCACAGUGUGUGGCAGGGACAAUAGCAUAUCCACUAUGCAAGCCAGGCAAGGACUGUACACUUGAUAUGUCAACCAUGGAAACAAACCAUAUCCAGCUAAAGUCAUCAAGCCGGCAGCCACCCACCUACCAGACUGGGGAUUACAUUGUCUUUGAGUGCAAAUGGUUUUACAGGCAAGCUUCACACCCUGAGACAUUUAGAGCCAAGUGCCUGGAUGGAGUGAUUGAAUAUCCAAUAUGUGAACGUUCAUUUGGAUAAUUUGGUUCAUUUGACACAACAGAGCCCAGCUGUGGAGAUGGAAGAUCCCUCAACUGACCCAGUAAUCUGAGCUCAAUUUUUUCCUGGCAUUUCCCAUUUUGCUUUGCUUUAUUUUCAACUUAGCCAAUGUUCUGUCUUGGAAUUUAUUGUUCUUCUUUUCAUUUUUUUUUAUAAAUGCAUUUCCAUUUGGUAAAUGUGUUUACAUUUUAUCCAUCAAAAUGGCUGUCCUAUAUUGAUCUCACUGUUAUUUUUAUUAGCAAUUGUGUCCUGAAAUAGGCUGGCUUUGGUGGCAUACUGAGCCAAGAAUUAAAGCCCACAGGUAAUUUGAUCAUCAG